CAAAACAGCGGAAACUUCAACUCCGCUCUGAUUUUGUUGUCGUGAAAUUUGAGAAAUACUACGGUACUGUCCGUAGAGACCAUCCGUGCUAUCGAUGCAUGUCUGUUUGUAAGCGCCUCGCUUAUCCCAUCUGGUCGUUCGUAACUACGCGGCGUCUGCACGAAGAGCAGCGACCUUCACCGCCAGUCUCCGUCCUGCAGUUAACCACCACAAGACCGAGAAGAUGGCGACGCGUAUGAGCGAGAUUGGCAUGUCGGCCAUGCGGGCCAGCGAGAUUGGCAUGCGUCACAGCGCAGCGAACCUGCAGAUGAUGGUCGGGACGGUGGCCAACAAGGCGCACGGUAUCGCCACCAUUAUCUCGCGAAGCACGAGCCGCGGCCGCAAGGCGCAGACACUUAAGACCGUCCCCUCCUCUAAAGCGGAGGACGAGCUCUCGCCCAUGUCUCAGCUCGACGAGGUGCAGGAGCCAGAAGCUGAGGUGCCCGAAGCCGAGACGGAGCCGGUGAAGCCGCAGCAGGAGAAGGAGAAGCAGGAGGAGGAGGAGGAGCCGGAAAAUGAACAGGAACUGGAAAAGGAGUUGCCACCGCUAUUCCCUUGGGAGGUCCGCACAGAGGAUGGUCUGACGAAAGAGAACGUCACAGUGAAGAAGAAGAUUCUAGAGCUCGCGAUUUACCGGCGGACGUUCGUGGAGCCGGCGGAUGGAGAGGAGGAAUAUGUAUUCGACUAUGCCACGCUAAAAGACGUGGCGAGGGAGCUGUUGCUAAGCAACCCAAACUUGCGCGAGAAGCGAGAGACGUUGGUGGAAUCUGUGCCUACCCCCGUAGUCUCCGAGGAAAUCUUCUGGCGCAACUUUUUCCUUCGAUGCAACGCUGUUCGUGUGGCGGAAGGCAUGCCGACCUAUUUGCCGGAGGUGGAGCAGACACCCCUGUCUACUGGACCGUUGGCCAGACUUCGACGCGGAUUCUUUGGUAAGAAAACCUCUCGCCUACCGAAACUUUCGUCCACCACCUCAGGCAAGACUCGUCGUAGUUUCUUGCCUGUCGGUCGAUCUACUUCUUCGGACAGCAAUAGGACGACACCAAGGGAAGAUGAUCUGAGCGAUCUGGAGCUGGAUGUGGACGGCGAGAUCGAGAAGGAGCUGGUUAAGCGUCGCCCGUCCCGUGCAGUGGAGCUACACGUACGUCCAGUACCCCCGGCUCAGGAUAACGACGCUGAGAGCACUUCGCCAAUUGAAGCUGACGAAGUAAAGAAGCCAGAAGACUCAUUCGCCAAGUCCAAAGAGCCUGAAGACACUCCCGAUGCAAACAGUCCCAGCAAGGCCAAGGAACCGGAAGAGCCUGUCCUCGUGUAGAUCGGAAGGGGAACUGAAUGUGUAUCCAACCGCUUGUAGUUAUCGUUUUGUGGCGUCAUGUAUGUGAUUAAAUAAAACAAGCGUUGCUGUAGUACAUGAC